UUUAUGAAAUUACUUUGGUGUAAAUAUGGAACAUGCAAGGCCUUUUUUACUCCAUACUGGUGUUUUAUAAUAAUCUCUAUCUUCUAACUUUAGUCUUCUCGUUCAUGCGAUCUUUUGCGGGCAAUUGAGAAAUGCCCACUGCUGGCAAUUGAGAAGAGGUGCUGUUGAACUUUCAGUGCUUCUGGAUUUCUAGUGUGGAAUGCGAGGAUGGUAUAGACGUUUCAUCAUGAAAGCUAUGUCAUGUUGCAGUUCCUUUAUAUGAAAGAAAUGUGGAGGCAAAGAUCCAAGAUUCUGAGCCUCCAACUCCACAUUUGGUCAUGAAGAUAGGUUCGAGGGAUCGUGGUAGCAUGGAGGAUCCAGAUGGGACAUUAGCAAGUGUUGCUCAAUGCAUUGAGCAGUUACGUCGGAAUUCUUCAACAGUGCAAGAGAAAGAGACCUCUUUGAAGCAGUUGUUGGACCUUAUUGAGACUCGAGACAAUGCUUUCGGUGCAGUCGGAUCUCACUCCCAGGCAGUUCCAAUACUUGUUUCUCUUCUUAGGUCAGGAUCACUUGGAGUAAAGAUGCAGGCUGCUACUGUUUUAGGAUCUCUUUGUAAGGAGGAUGAACUAAGGGUAAAAGUAUUGCUUGGGGGUUGCAUUCCACCCUUGCUUGGCCUCCUUAAAUCCAACUCAGCAGAAGGUCAACUUGCAGCGGCAAAAGCUAUCUAUGCUGUUUCUCAGGGUGGAGCAAGGGAUCAUGUUGGGUCAAAGAUUUUCUCAACAGAGGGAGUUGUUCCUGCGCUAUGGAAGCAGCUACAAAAGGGGCUCAAGGAUGAAUCAUCCAACUUGGUUGAUAACCUGCUGACUGGAGCUUUGAGAAAUCUAUCUAGCAGCACUGAGGGAUUUUGGUCUGCGACAAUGGCAGCUGGAGGGGUGGACGUACUUUUGAAGUUGCUAGCCUCUAAACAGUCAAGCUCUAAAGAAAAUGUUUGCUUUCUUCUUGCAUGUAUGAUGAUGGAAGAUGCAUCUGUUUGUUCCACAGUUUUAGCUGAAGAAGCUACCAAACAAUUCCUCAAGCUACUGGCACCUGAUAAUGAAACCUCUGCGAGAGCAGAAGCUGCAGGUGCUCUUAAGUCUCUUUCUGCACAAUGUAAAGAAGCAAGGCGGGAAAUAGCUAAUUCUAAUGGGAUCCCAGCUUUGAUAAAUGCUACAAUAGCUCCAUCGAAGGAAUUCAUGCAAGGGGAAUAUGCUCAAGCACUUCAGGAAAAUGCAAUGUGUGCUCUGGCGAAUAUCUCAGGUGGUUUGUCUUAUGUCAUCUCAAGCCUCGGUGAAAGCCUUGAAUCCUGCACUUCACCUGUGCAGGUUGCUGACACAUUGGGGGCUUUAGCUUCAGCCCUUAUGAUCUAUGAUAGCAAUGCAGAAUCUAUCAGACCAUCAGAUCCUCUGAUUAUUGAGCAGAUAUUGCUUAAGCAGUUUAAACCACGGCUACCAUUUCUUGUACGGGAACGCACAAUAGAAGCCCUAGCCAGCUUGUAUGGAAAUAUUAUUCUCUCAAGGAGUCUAGUCAAUUCUGAUUCAAAACGCUUACUUGUUGGUUUGAUCACAAUGGCGUCCGGUGAGGUACAGGAAGAGCUGAUAAGGUCACUGCUUACACUUUGCAACAAUGAAGGUAGUCUAUGGCAUGCACUUCAAGGUCGCGAGGGGGUUCAGCUGUUGAUAUCUCUUCUUGGCCUUUCAUCAGAGCAGCAGCAGGAAUGUGCGGUUGCACUGCUUUGUGUUUUAUCAAAUGAAAAUGAUGAAAGUAAGUGGGCUAUCACUGCUGCAGGGGGCAUACCUCCACUUGUUCAAAUUCUAGAAACAGGAUCUGCAAAAGCGAAGGAAGAUUCUGCAACAAUCCUUGGAAACCUCUGCAACCACAGUGAAGACAUACGGGCUUGUGUUGAAAGUGCUGAUGCUGUUCCUGCUUUAUUGUGGCUUCUGAAAAAUGGAAGCCAGAAUGGGAAAGGGAUUGCAGCAAAGACAUUGAAUUAUCUUAUCCAUAAAUCCGAUACAGGGACCAUCAGCCAACUCACUGCCUUACUAACCAGUGAUCUACCUGAAUCUAAAGUUUAUGUUUUGGACGCACUUAGAAGUCUUCUUUUUGUCGCAUCUCUUAGUGAUAUAUUGCAUGAAGGGAGUGCUGCCAAUGAUGCCAUUGAGACAAUGAUAAAAAUUUUGAGUUCCACAAGGGAAGAGACUCAAGCAAAGUCAGCCUCAGUUCUUGCAGGAUUAUUUGCUAAUCGGAAGGACUUGCGAGAAAGUAACAUCGCUGUUAAGGCUCUUUCUUCAUCCAUGAAGCUGCUCAACGUGGAUUCCGAUAGGAUCUUAGUGGAAUCUUCAUGCUGCCUUGCUGCUAUUUUCCUUUCAGUUAAACAAAACCGGGAGGUAGCCGCUGUUGCUAGAGAUGCAUUUGCUCCAUUGGUCAUGCUUGCUAAUUCCCCAGUUCUAGAAGUUGCGGAACAGGCAACAAGGGCAUUGGCUAAUCUUCUUCUGGAUGGUGAUGUAUCAGCUCAAGCAUUUCCUGAAGAGAUUAUUUUGCCUGUUACGAGGGUGUUGCGAGAAGGAACGGUUGAUGGAAAGACUCAUGCUGCGGCAGCAAUUGCUCGCCUUCUUCAUUGUCGUUCAAUUGAUCAUGCAGUGUCUGAUAGUGUAAAUCGUUCUGGCACUGUGCUUGCUCUGGUUUCUCUUUUGGAGAGAGUUAGUAUUGAUGCUGCUGCCAUGUUGGAAGCACUUGAUGCACUUGCUCUAUUGUCGCGGUCAAAAGGAACUAGUGGGCAUAUCAAACCUGCAUGGGCAGUCCUUGCUGAAUAUCCCCACACCAUACUCCCGCUAGUUUCAUGCGUGGCUGCUGGAACACCCUUGCUACAGGACAAAGCUAUAGAGAUUCUGUCAAGACUUUGUCGAGAUCAGUCUAUUGUUCUGGGGGAUAUAAUUGCUAGCACGGCUGGAUGUGUCUCAUCCAUUGCAAUACGAGUGAUUAGCUCCAAUCACAUGAAAGUCAAGGUUGGAGGCAGUGCGCUUCUUAUUUGUGCUGCGAAAGAGCAUCAUCAGAAAGUGGUAGAAGAUUUGAAUGAAUCAAAUUCAUGUUCCUAUCUCAUUCAAUCUCUUGUUAAAAUGCUCCUUUCGGCCCAAUCAAACUCAUUUGUAGACCACAGGGACAAUGAUAGCAAGGACAUAAGCAUUUACAGGCAUGCAAUAGAGAAAACCAAAAAUGGUGAAACUGAAAGUAGCACAGCAGUCAUUUUGGGAGAUACUGUAUCCAUAUGGCUACUUUCUAUACUUGCUUGUCAUGAUAACAAAAGUAGAUCUACCAUUAUGGAGGCUGGAGCAGUUGAGGCUCUCACUGACAAGAUUUCUUUACAUAUAUCCCAAGCCGUACAGAGUGAUACUAGAGAAGAAAGCAGUGCAUGGGUUUGUGCUUUACUUCUCGCGGUUUUGUUUCAAGACAGAGAUAUCAUACGGGCUCAUGCAACCAUGAGGUCCAUUCCUGUUCUUGCAAACUUUUUGAAGUCAGAGGAGCCAGCAGACAGAUAUUUUGCAGCACAAGCACUGGCCAGUCUUGUCUGUAAUGGUAGCAGAGGGACACUGCUGGCUGUUGCCAAUUCAGGGGCAGCUGGUGGGUUUAUACCCUUACUUGGCUGUGCUGAUUCUGAUAUAUCCAAUCUCCUGGAACUUUCAGAGGAGUUUGCUUUGGUGCGCAAUCCAGAGCAAGUUGCGUUGGAGAGAUUGUUCAGAGUUGACGACAUUAGAGUUGGUGCAACCUCUCGGAAAGCAAUACCUGCCCUUGUUGAUUUACUCAAACCAAUCCCAGACCGACCUGGUGCACCUUUUCUAGCCCUCGGGCUUCUGACUCAGCUUGCGAGAGAUAGCCCCUCAAACAAGCUUGUAAUGGUAGAAGCAGGGGCCCUGGAGGCAUUAACCAAGUAUCUCUCUCUUGGCCCACAGGAUGCAACAGAAGAAGCAGCCACAGAUUUGCUGGGGAUUUUGUUCGGCAGUGCUGAAAUACGGCGCCAUGAAUCUGCAUAUGGUUCUGUCAAUCAGCUUGUGGCAGUUCUACGUCUAGGUGGACGAAAUUCUAGAUACAGUGCAGCUAAAGCAUUGGAGAGCUUGUUUUCAGCGGACCAUAUCAGGAAUGGGGAAACAGCUAGGCAAGCUGUGCAACCGCUUGUGGAGAUUCUUAACACUGGCUUGGAGAGGGAGCAGCAUGCUGCUAUUGCUGCUUUGGUUAGGUUACUGCGUGACACUCCAUCAAGAGCUCUGGCUGUUGCAGAUGUCGAAAUGAAUGCAGUGGAUGUCCUUUGUCGGAUUCUUUCCUCAAAUUGUUCAAUGGAUUUGAAGGGAGAUGCUGCGGAGUUGUGCUGCGUUCUUUUCGGAAAUACAAGAAUCAGGUCUACAAUGGCUGCAGCUCGCUGUGUGGAGCCUCUAGUGUCUCUACUCGUGAGUGAGUUCAGCCCUGCUCAGCAUUCAGUGGUCCGUGCCAUGGAAAAACUACUGGACGAUGAGCAACUAGCAGAACUAGUUGCUGCACAUGGUGCUGUCAUUCCCCUUGUGGGUCUUUUGUUUGGUAGAAAUUAUGCGCUUCAUGAGGCCGUUUCAAGAGCACUGGUGAAGCUAGGAAAAGACAGGCCAGCUUGCAAGAUGGACAUGGUAAAAGCUGGAGUCAUUGAGAGUAUACUCGAUAUUCUCCAUGAAGCACCUGAUUUUCUCUGUGCUGUGUUUGCGGAGUUGCUCCGGAUACUAACCAACAAUACAAGCAUUGCUAAGAGUUCAUCUGCAGCGAAAGUAGUAGAGCCCCUUUUCAUGUUGCUAACAAGGCCAGAGUUUGGUCCAGAUGGGCAGCACAGUGCCCUGCAGGUUCUUGUUAAUAUUUUGGAACAUCCCCAGUGUCGUGCUGAGCACAGCCUAACACCUCAACAGGCUAUUGAACCUCUAAUUACUUUACUGGAUUCACCAACUCAAGCUGUGCAACAAUUGGCAGCUGAACUUCUUUCCCACCUGCUAUCGGAGGAACAUCUACAGAAGGAUGCAAUCACACAGCAAGUGAUUGGCCCUCUAAUUCAAGUUCUUGGGUCUGGUGUACAAAUUUUACAGCAGAGAGCUAUAAAAGCUCUUGUUAGCAUUGCAUUAACUUGGCCCAAUGCAAUCGCGAAGGAGGGAGGUGUUAAUGAGCUAUCCAAAGUGAUAUUGCAAGCUGACCCUUCACUGCCUCAUGCCUUGUGGGAAUCUGCAUCAUCUAUUUUGUCCAGUAUUCUGCAGUUCAGUUCUGAAUUUUAUUUGGAGGUACCAGUUGCUGUGCUGGUACGGUUGCUUCGUUCUGGCACAGAAACUACAGUUACUGGUGCAUUAAAUGCGCUGCUUGUGUUGGAAAGCGAUGAUGCAACCAGUGCAGAGGCAAUGGCUGAAAGUGGUGCAAUAGAGGCACUUUUGGAACUCCUCAGGUGUCAUCAAUGUGAGGAAACUGCAGCAAGACUGCUGGAAGUGUUGCUGAACAAUGUGAAGAUCAGGGAAACGACAGCUGCUAAGUCUGCAAUUUCUCCAUUAUCCCAGUAUCUUCUGGAUCCACAAACACAAGCUCAGCAGGCAAGGUUGCUAGCAACACUUGCCCUUGGCGAUCUUUUCCAGAAUGAAGGACUUGCUCGAAGCACAGAUGCUGUCUCAGCAUGUCGGGCUCUCGUAAAUCUGCUCGAGGAUCAGCCGACAGAAGAAAUGAAAGUGGUAGCUAUUUGUGCUUUGCAAAACCUUGUAAUGUACAGCCGAUCAAAUAAAAGAGCAGUUGCAGAGGCUGGCGGAGUUCAAGUUGUACUGGACCUCAUUGGUUCCAGUGACCCAGAUACGUCAGUUCAAGCAGCCAUGUUUGUUAAACUUCUCUUCUCUAACCAUACCAUUCAAGAGUAUGCUUCAAGUGAAACAGUGAGAGCUUUGACCGCUGCUAUUGAAAAGGAUUUAUGGGCCAGUGGAAGCGUGAAUGAAGAGUACUUAAAAGCUCUGAAUGCAUUACUUAACAACUUCCCUCGUUUGAGAGCCACAGAACCAGCUACACUCUGCAUUCCCCAUCUGGUCACGGCAUUGAAAACAGGCUCCGAGGCAACUCAAGAAGCUGCUUUAGAUUCGCUUUAUCUUCUCAGGCAAGCUUGGUCAGCAUGCCCAGCUGAAGUCUCUAAAGCUCAGUCGGUUGCUGCAGCAGAGGCAAUUCCAUUGCUGCAAUACUUGAUACAGUCUGGUCCACCUCGGUUCCAGGAGAGGGCAGAACUGCUUCUGCAAUGUUUGCCAGGAACGUUAAUGGUAAUUAUAAAGCGGGCGAAUAAUUUGAAGCAAUCAGUGGGGAACCCAAGUGCCUACUGCAAGCUCACGCUCGGCAACACUCCACCUAGGCAAACUAAGGUUGUGUCGACUGGAACUUCUCCCGAAUGGGAUGAAGGCUUUGCAUGGGCAUUUGACAGUCCUCCGAAAGGCCAGAAGCUUCACAUCUCUUGCAAGAAUAAGAGCAAAUUCGGAAAGAGCUCAUUUGGAAAAGUGACGAUUCAGAUUGACCGGGUGGUUAUGCUAGGAACAGUCUCUGGAGAGUAUACGCUGCUGCCUGAGAGCAAAAGUGGCCCAUCCAGGAAUCUGGAAAUCGAAUUCCAGUGGUCGAACAAAUGACAAUCUCCAAAGAGGCAAGUAAUCUAAUAAUUCUUGUAACCUCAAGGAAAAAUGGAAAAGAUCGUUUCUUUCUUCUUUUUUUUCAUUGUUAUAUCAAUCUGUUGAUGUGUAGAGUCGGGAGGAGCUUUGUCUCAUCUAUAGCUUUGGUCUGCAGUCAUAAAACAGCGGCAUUGUUUUUAUGAGCUUUUGUUGCCAUCAAUUAUUCUUUAUUUAUUAUUAGUAUUGUUCCUUGUGAUGAAAUUCAGAGAAAGAAAAUGUGGCUUCUUAUCUUUUGA